GGGGCCCCGCCGCGGCCGGACGCUGUGGGGGGGGGGGGGGACGGGGCCUGGCGGCGGGACCGGGCCGAGAUGGAGGCGGUGACGGAGGGGCGCUGGGAGGCGCUGCCCGUGGCGCUCAGCCCCGGCGUGCUGCGGGCGCUGCGGGGCCUCGGCUUCGCCAGCAUGACCCCGGUGCAGUCCGCAACCAUUCCGCUCUUCAUGAGUAACAAAGAUGUUGCUGCGGAAGCGGUAACAGGCAGCGGCAAAACCUUAGCCUUCGUAAUUCCCAUCCUAGAAAUUCUUCUCAGACGGGAACAAAAAUUGAAAAAAAUGCAGGUUGGAGCUAUAAUUAUCACACCGACAAGAGAAUUAGCUAUUCAAAUUGAUGAGGUAUUAUCGCACUUCACAAAACACUUCCCCAUGUUUAGUCAGAUUCUUUUAAUAGGCGGUAGGAAUCCCAUGGAAGAUGUUGAAAAACUUAAAGAACACGGCGGGAACAUCAUUGUAGCUACGCCAGGCCGCUUGGAGGAUCUGUUCAGAAGAAAAGCAGAUGGGCUGGAUCUCGCAAGCUGUGUGAAGUCUCUCGAUGUGUUGGUGUUAGAUGAAGCAGACAGACUUCUCGAUAUGGGCUUUGAAUCAAGUUUAAAUGCCAUUCUGGACUUUUUACCCAAGCAGAGACGGACAGGUCUCUUCUCAGCAACUCAGACUCAAGAGGUGGAGAACCUGGUGAGAGCAGGUCUCCGGAAUCCUGUCCGCAUCUCAGUGAAAGAGAAGGGAGUGGCAGCAAGCAACACACAGAAAACUCCAACGCGCCUGGAGAACUACUACAUGGGGAAUCAGAAGUCUCAAAGACACAAAGCUCUUGCAAGUCCUCUGAAGAUCAGUAACCAUGAUGGGGAAAAAACCCCCACUAAACUAGCAACUGGCAGCACAUGUGCCUGUGUGGAAUACUAUGGGAAGGCUUUGGAGUCCUUAAUUAAACAAGUGAAAAUAAUGUGCAUUCAUGGGAAGAUGAAACACAAACGUAACAAGAUUUUUACCGAGUUUCGGAAGCUCCCAGGUGGCAUUUUAGUUUGCACUGAUGUGAUGGCCCGGGGCAUAGACAUUCCAGAGGUACACUGGGUUUUGCAAUAUGACCCACCUAGCAGCGCAAGUGCCUUUGUGCACCGGUGUGGUCGAACAGCACGGAUUGGCAAUGUCGGCAGUGCACUUGUAUUUUUGCUUCCCAUGGAAGAAUCUUAUGUUAACUUUCUCUCAAUCAACCAAAAGUGUCCCAUGCAGGAAAUGAAACCACAGAAAAAUGUGUUGGAUCUUCUUCCAAAACUGAAGUCUAUGGCCCUGGCUGACAGGGCAGUGUUUGAGAAAGGGAUGAAAGCAUUUGUGUCUUACAUCCAGGCUUACGCCAAACACGAGUGUAAUCUGAUCUUCCGAAUAAAAGAUCUGGAUUUUGCUAGUCUUGCCAAAGGUUUUGCCUUGUUAAAAAUGCCGAAGAUGCCUGAACUAAGAGGAAAAUGUUUUGCAGACUUUACUCCAGUCGCUGUUAAUACAGACUCCAUUCCAUUUAAGGAUAAAAAUAGAGAAAAACAGAGACAAAAACAACUAGAACAACAAAGAAAGGAAAGACAGGAAAGUGGAGGAAAAAAGAAAUUCAUAAAGAACAAAUCCUGGUCAAAGCAGAAAGCCAAAAAGGAGAAGAAAAAGAAAGCAACAGCAAAAAGGAAACGUGAAGAGGGCUCUGAUGUUGACGAUGAGGACAUGGAAGAGUUGCUGAAUGACACAAGACUCUUGAAAAGAUUAAAAAAGGGGAAAAUUAGUGAAGAAGAGUUUGAGAAGAGACUAACAGGCACCCAAAGCAAAGUGAAAGCAGAAACUGUUGCUGACUUAGAGUCUGAAUGUUGACUGUUAUUCUAACCAGACUUUUAUGUUGAUACUGCCUAUUUCAAUAAAACUGUAUAUUUAUAACAAAAUAAUGAUGCAGAGAGCAGAACUGAUCUGAUUUCUUCAUAAAGAGACCUGACAGGUGUCUUUUUUCAGGUACGUACCACAGAUCAGUA